AGAGUCAGGCGAAGCUGGGCCAGAACCGCGACCUCCGCAACCUUGAGUGGCAUCCGUGGAGUGCGCCUGCGCAGCUACGACCGCAGCAGGAAAGCGCCGCCGGCCAGGCCCAGCUGUGGCCGGACAGGGACUGGAAGAGAGGACGCGGUCGAGUAGGUGUGCACCAGCCCUGGCAACGAGAGCGUCUACCCCGAACUCUGCUGGCCUUGAGGUUUUAAAACAUGAAUCCUACACUCAUCCUUGCUGCCUUUUGCCUGGGAAUUGCCUCAGCUACUCUAACAUUUGAUCACAGUUUAGAGGCACAGUGGACCAAGUGGAAGGCGAUGCACAACAGAUUAUACGGCAUGAAUGAAGAAGGAUGGAGGAGAGCAGUGUGGGAGAAGAACAUGAAGAUGAUUGAACUGCACAAUCAGGAAUACAGGGAAGGGAAACACAGCUUCACAAUGGCCAUGAACGCCUUUGGAGACAUGACCAGUGAAGAAUUCAGGCAGGUGAUGAAUGGCUUUCAAAACCGUAAGCCCAGGAAGGGGAAAGUGUUCCAGGAACCUCUGUUUUAUGAGGCCCCCAGAUCUGUGGAUUGGAGAGAGAAAGGCUACGUGACUCCUGUGAAGAAUCAGGGUCAGUGUGGUUCUUGUUGGGCUUUUAGCGCUACUGGUGCUCUUGAAGGACAGAUGUUCCGGAAAACUGGGAGGCUUAUCUCACUGAGUGAGCAGAAUCUGGUAGACUGCUCUGGGCCUCAAGGCAAUGAGGGCUGCAAUGGUGGCCUAAUGGAUAUGGAUUAUGCUUUCCAGUAUGUUCAGGAUAAUGGAGGCCUGGACUCUGAGGAAUCCUAUCCAUAUGAGGCAACAGAAGAAUCCUGUAAGUACAAUCCCAAGUAUUCUGUUGCUAAUGACACCGGCUUUGUGGACAUCCCUAAGCAGGAGAAGGCCCUGAUGAAGGCAGUCGCAACUGUGGGGCCCAUUUCUGUUGCUGUUGAUGCAGGUCAUGAGUCCUUCCUGUUCUAUAAAGAAGGCAUUUAUUUUGAGCCAGACUGUAGCAGUGAAGACAUGGAUCAUGGUGUGCUGGUGGUUGGCUACAGAUUUGAAAGCACAGAAUCAGAUAACAAUAAAUAUUGGCUGGUGAAGAACAGCUGGGGUGAAGAAUGGGGCAUGGGUGGCUACGUAAAGAUGGCCAAAGACCGGAGAAACCAUUGUGGAAUUGCCUCAGCAGCCAGCUACCCCACUGUGUGAGCUGGUGGACGGUGAUGAGGAAGGACUUGACUGGGGAUGGCGCAUGCAUGGGAGGAAUUCAUCUUCAGUCUACCAGCCCCUGCUGUGUCGGAUACACACUCGAAUCAUUGAAGAUCCAAGUGUGAUUUGAAUUCUGUGAUAUUUUCACACUGGUAAAUGUUACCUCUAUUUUAAUUACUGCUAUAAAUAGGUUUAUGUUAUUGAUUCACUUACUGACUUUGCAUUUUCGUUUUUAAAAGGAUGUAUAAAUUUUUACCUGUUUAAAUAAAAUUUAAUUUCAAAUGUA